AUGAGGCGGGUGCUGAUUUUCAGUGUGUUGCUAGGGGCUGUGCUUGGCAAAGAGGACUUUACGGGGCACCAGGUGCUCCGAAUCUCUGCUACCGAUGAAGCCCAGGUACAGAAGGUGAAGGAGCUGGAGGACCUGGAGCACCUGCAGCUGGACUUCUGGCGGGGCCCUGCCCAGCCUGGCUUCCCCAUCGACAUCCGAGUGCCCUUCCCCAGCACCCAGGCUGUCAAAAUCUUCCUGGAGGCCCAUGGCAUCGGGUACACGACCAUGAUUGAGGAUGUGCAGGCCCUGCUGGACGAGGAGCAGGAGCAGAUGUUCGCCUUCCGGACCGGGGCCCGCUCCACGGACACCUUUAACUACGCCACCUACCACACCCUGGAGGAGAUCUAUGGCUUCAUGGAUAUCCUGGUGGCUGAGCACCCGCAGCUCGUCAGCAAGCUCCAGAUUGGCAACAGCUACGAAGGGCGUCCCAUCUACGUGCUGAAGUUCAGCACUGGGGGAAACAGCCGUCCUGCCAUCUGGAUCGACACCGGCAUCCAUUCCCGGGAGUGGGUCACCCAGGCCAGCGGGGUCUGGUUUGCAAAGAGGAUCACACAGGACUAUGGCCAGGACUCCACGCUCACUGCCAUUCUUGACUCCAUGGACAUCUUCCUGGAGAUUGUCACUAACCCUGACGGUUUUGCCUUCACCCACAACAAGAAUCGCAUGUGGCGCAAGACUCGGUCCCUCACGGAGGGCUCCUCCUGUGUUGGAGCGGACCCCAACCGGAACUGGGAUGCUGGCUUUGGGAUGCCUGGGGCCAGCAGCAACCCAUGCACGGAGACUUACCGCGGCAAGUUUGCCAAUUCCGAAGUGGAGGUCAAGUCCAUCGUGGACUUUGUGAAGAACCACGGGAACAUCAAGGCCUUCAUCUCUAUCCACAGCUACUCCCAGCUCCUCCUGUAUCCCUAUGGCUACAAAGCAGAGGUAGCCCCUGACCAGGCUGAGCUGGACCAGGUGGCCAAGUCUGCUGUGACAGCCCUCUCCUCUCUGUAUGGGACCAAGUUCCAGUACGGCAGCAUCAUCAAAACAAUUUACCAAGCCAGUGGAAACACCAUUGACUGGAGCUACAGCCAAGGCAUCAAGUACUCCUUCACCUUCGAGCUCCGGGACACGGGGCGCUAUGGCUUCCUGCUGCCGGCCUCCCAGAUCGUCCCCACGGCCCAUGAGACGUGGCUGGCGCUUCGCGCCAUCAUGCAGCACACCCUCAAUCACCCCUACUGAACUGGCCCUUCUGCGCCCUCCUCUUCCUCCUCUCUGGCCCCACCCAGGCAACCGAAUAAAGUCUGAGUGUCCAUGGAACAGA